AUUUGGCAGCCUUGUAACAUGAAAAUUUUCUUCCUUUUUCUCAAACACGUUGUGAAGUGCGUGUGAAAAAUGAGUUCGUUAAAACUUCAGAAGAGGUUAGCAGCCUCUGUUAUGAGAUGUGGUCGCAAAAAAGUAUGGUUGGAUCCUAAUGAAGUGAAUGAAAUCGCAAAUACAAAUUCAAGGCAGAACAUUCGCAAAUUAAUUAAGGAUGGUCUCAUCAUUAAAAAACCAGUUGCUGUACACUCACGUGCCCGUGUACGUAAAAACACUGAAGCCCGCAGAAAGGGUAGACAUUGCGGAUUUGGUAAAAGAAAAGGUACAGCAAAUGCCCGUAUGCCUCAAAAGGAAUUGUGGAUACAGCGUAUGCGAGUCCUCAGACGUUUGUUGAAAAAGUACCGUGAGGCCAAAAAAAUUGACAGACAUCUGUACCACGCAUUAUACAUGAAGGCUAAAGGUAAUGUCUUCAAGAACAAGAGAGUUCUUAUGGAAUACAUUCAUAAGAAGAAGGCAGAAAAAGCUCGUGCAAAGAUGUUGGCAGAUCAGGCUAAUGCCAGGAGACUUAAAGUUAAGCAAGCCCGUGAACGUCGUGAAGAACGUAUUGCCACUAAGAAGCAGGAGGUUCUUCAAAAUUAUCAGCGUGAGGAUGAAGCCGCUGCUACUAAAAAAUAAGUUUAUAUUGUAAUAUGGCUAAUAAAAAUUUAAUAUUAA